AUGAGUUUCCUCCCUCCUUCCGACCGCGCUGGCCUCCCGCCAGUGGAAAGGGGUGCGCAAGAUCCGCUUCGGAUCUCGCCCCAACGUGCGUCAGCAGGUGAAGUCCCGCGCGAAGCUCGCGACACAUCUUCGCCGCCGUCUGUUCACCUCACGGCGUCCACGCAGAUGGCCCCAGUUCACGGCAGCGCCAUCCCGCGACUCGACCUUUCUCGAGCUGAAGCGAUCCAAAGCCAGCGUGUGAACAUUGCGGCUGGGACCACGUCCGUGAAACCGACCGGGUCUCAAGUCGGCGCUGGGGCGUCCGCCAUGACCGGCUCCCUGGGGAACAUGUAUGUGUCGAACGCGGGCGUGCCUCCGACUGGGGCCACCAUGUCGCCGUGGGGGUAUCCCUACGGCAUGUUUUCUUCCGUGGCAGUGCCGCCGAGGGGAGUGGUUGAGCACAUGCUUGUUGAACCGAGCAAUCGCACUUCAACACCGGUAGGCGAAAGAGUCGUGCAGCUGAGGGGUUUCCGUUCCGCUGCGAACAGUAGCCAGCGUACGACAACUUCCGUGACCCGACGCGCCGAAGAAGGCAUUGAAAUUCCCGUGAGCCUGGCUGCCGACGCGUUGAUUGAUUUGAGCACGACACGAAGUCAGAAAAUCGCCGAUGGCUGCCGGUGCUGUGCGGGGCCGCUCUCAGCUCUUUUUGGACAGCGCGGUCGCCAACCAUUGCCCUCCGAACCGCGGAGCCGCGAGCCAGCGUCUCUCACGGUGUCUCCGUCUCAGUCUAGGACGGCGUUCCGAUACGGCAGCUUCGCGGACCCUGUGAACACGUAUCAAGAACGACUUGCCUCCGUCCCGCACCCUAUGAUGACGCACGUGCCGGUGAAUGCCUUCCCCGUCGGCUCGGUGCCUAGCGUGGUGCUCGUGCCGGCAGCGGUCUUUGCAGGCAGGAACGGGGACCAGCAGGGGAAAAAAUCGACCGACGUGGAACGCCCAGCUAAGGAGCAACGCCCCCGGGCCAGCCGCGAAGGUGAAGAGACGAGAGCCAGUCACAGAAAAGCCCCAGGAGUGGAGGAGAAAAAACUGCCUUCUGAACGUGCAUGCGAGAAGCUGGAAGUCAGGGCAGGGGCUCAAGAGGAACUGGAGGGUCAGCUGACCGUCUCAGCUGAGGGGAAAGAGGAACUCGACUGGUCUUCAGUGGCCAAAGCUGGCGCGUCGGAAGCAGCCAACGAGCGUGCAGGAGAGCCUGCGGCACCCGCGAAACCAGAGACGGUGCAGUCUUGGGGAGCGCACUCUGUGGGGCGUGCGGCUCGCGAGGACUCGACUCUUGCAAACGCGUCUGUGGCCACUUGGUCCUUCCCCCCACGAGCGGGAAGUUCCACUUCAGGAGUGCCGUUUAACGCCGGGGAUGCAGGAGUCGCUCGAGCCGUUGCUCACGCGCCCUCAGGCACGCGCGAGUGUUUGCCUGCUAUCACUGACGCGGGUGUCCAAGCAGGUGCGCGUAACGUUGGCGGUGAAAGCGCCGGUCAGUGCAGCACCAGGUCCCUCGCCAUUUGGCAUCAACUGGAGGAGACCAAAGAGCAGUAUCGUCGAGUCCAGGAGCAGUUUGUGAAGGAAAACGAAAGUCUGAAAGAUGAGAACUUGCGUCUUCAGGAAGCGGUCGUCUCCAUGCAGAGCCGAGUAAAGCACAUCAUUGACUUACUUCACUCCUUGACGAAGAAUGUGGGCCAAAAGGAAGCGACUGACGCAGCCAACGAGGAGCUUGCGGAGGCGUGCAUUGGCUUGGUGACGCAACUGGUCAACGAAGGUGAAGCCGGUUUGAAGGCCGGGGGGUCGGAAGGGGAAGCUGCGCGGCCAGAGACCCUGGCGGAGGCCGAAGCGCCGGUCCAGCUUGGCCCCCUUGGCGGCUUCGCGAGUUUUACCGAAGAGCAAUUGCAGCAGCUUCUGAGCCUUCAGCGGCAAGGGAGCGGCAAGGAGCGCACAGAACAAACGAACGCCAAAGAGGCCCAAUCGGGAGGCGGCGGCUCGGGUUCUUCGGGCGUCGAUGCGCGGGCACCUCAGGAUCCUGUGUCGAAAGGCGUGGUCUCAGCUGCGUCUUCAAGCAAGGCAGCUGCGCCAGGUGCUCAGCGGCGGCCACCACUGGGUUUCGGCUCCGCGUCCCCGAGGCCUCUCUCCAUCGUGGAAAAAAACUCCGGCGAGCCGGCGACUCGUCAGAAGCCUCAGCGCCCAGACGCCACGCCGAACGCCAGCCGUGAGGUACAACCCGAUGGAGCCGCGAAACCAGGAAGCGGGGAUGCCUCUCUUGAGAAACACCUGGUUCGACCGCCGCUGGAAACCGCGACUUCCGCCUCAACCAGCCCAGCCAACCCAACCAGCGAUGCGCAGGCUGCGCCUGAGGAGGGUGCGCGUGGACACAUCGUCGCUCCACAUGGCACGCUGCAGACGGAGGAACCUCAGGCUGAUCCCGAAGCGAAAAACGCUCUUAAGGCCCCUGAGGAACAGGCUGCCGCACCCCCUCCAUCGAUGUCGACGGAUGCACCGAAAACUCCGGCGGCAAAAGUAGCGGCUGAGCCGAAGGUGCCCACGCCCAAGCCUGUCUCGGGAGGCGAGAACCCGGCUGUGGCCGAUGCUGAGAGGGACGUGGAAGAGCCGGCUGAAGGAAAACGUGCUGCACAAAGCGCUGAAUCUGGAGAGCCCCAGAGAGAAGCGUCUUUGGCCUCAACAGAAAACAAGCAGCCUGCGACCGCGAAGGCCCCGGUAACGACUGGCCCUGCCGCAAAGGCACUGGUUCCAAAGAUGGGGUUGCUGGCGAAACCAGCUGCUGAGAAAAAGGCCCCAGCUCCGAAGACUCCGACAAUGGACAGUAGCCACAACGAAAAAACAAGUGCAACUGUCGAGGAGAAGAAGGAUGAAAAAACACCGGGAGCGGUCACCGCAGUAGACGCCGAGCUCGCCCCACAGCGGAGUGUGUCCAGCGGCUUAGCAGGGUUUUUCUACAACAUUUUCGGAGCGCCAGCAGCGGAAACGAGCGCCGAAGCCGUUGAAAAGGCGGCAGAGGACACUGAAAAGAAGAUGGCUGACUCGGAAGACAAACAUGUGCCAUCACCCGCAGCGGCUCCGCUGGUGCCGAAGGAGGCGGCUUCCAAGGUUGUCCCCGUAGCGAAGGAGGCCCCAAAGGCUCCGGUGGUGCCGAAGGAUGCGCCAAAGGCUGCGCCCGAAGCGGCGGACGCGCCGAAGGCUGCGGAGACACCUGAUGCACCUAAGGCUGCUGAGACGACGGAUGCGCCGAAGGCAGAACCAGGAGCGAAGGCCGCUCCUAAGCUUGCCCCACUACCGAAGAAUGUCGUGAAGGCUCCGCUGGUGCCGAAGGCUGAGGCGGUAGCGAAGGCUGUUCCUGAGGAGGCUGCCGCGAAGGAGGCGGAUGCCAAGGUUGUCCCCGGAGCGAAGGAGGCGCCGAAGGCUCCGCUGGUGCCGAAGCAUGCGCCAACGGCUCCGCUGGUGCCGAAGGAAGCGGCUGCUAAGGUUGCCCCCGUAGCGAAGGAGGCUCCAAAGGCUCCGCUGGCGCCGAAGGAUGCGCCAAAGGCUGCGCCCGAAGCGACGGACGCGCCGAAGGCAGAACCAGGAGCGAAGGCCGCUCCUAAGCUUGCCCCACUACCGAAGAAUGUCGUGAAGGCUCCGCUGGUGCCGAAGGCUGAGGCGGUAGCGAAGGCUGUUCCUGAGGAGGCUGCCGCGAAGGAGGCGGAUGCCAAGGUUGUCCCCGGAGCGAAGGAGGCCCCAAAGGCUGUGCCAGUAGCAAAGGAGGCCCUGAAGACUCCGCCAGUAGCAAAGGAGGCCCCGAAGGCUCCGCUAGUAGGGCAGGAGCCCCCAAAGGCUCCGCUGGUGCCGAAGGAUGCACUAACGGCUCCGCUGGUGCCGAAGGCUGAGGCAGUAGCGAAGGCUGUUCCUGAGGAGGCUGCCGCGAAGGAGGCGGCUGCCAAGGUGGUCCCCGUAGCGAAGGAGGCCCCAAAGGCCGUGCCAGUAGUAAAGGAGGCGCCGAAGACUCCGCUGGUGCCGAAGGAUGCGCCAAAGACUGCGCCCGCAGCGACGGACGCGCCGAAGGCAGAACCAGGAGCGAAGGUAGCUCCUAAGCUUGCCCCACUACCGAAGAAUGUCGCGAAGGCUCCGCUGGUGCCGAAGGAUGAGGCGGUAGCGAAGGCUGUUCCUGAGGAGGCUGCCGCGAAGGAGGCGGAUGCCAAGGUUGUCCCCGGAGCGAAGGAGGCCCCAAAGGCUGUGGCAGUAGCAAAGGAGGCCCCGAAGACUCCGCCAGUAGCGAAGGAGGCCCCAAAGGCUCCGCUGGUGCCGAAGGCUGAGGCGGUAGAGAAGGCUGUUCCUGAGGACGCUGCCGCGAAGGAGGCGGAUGCCAAGGUUGUCCCCGUAGCGAAGGAGGCCCCAAAGGCUCCUCCAGUAGCCAAGGAGGCCCCGAAGGCUCCGCUAGUAGGGAAGGAGCCCCCAAAGGCUCCGCUGGUGCCGAAGGAUGCACUAAAGGCUCCGCUGGUGCCGAAGGCUGAGGCAGUAGCGAAGGCUGUUCCUGAGGAGGCUGCCGCGAAGGACGCGGAUGCCAAGGUUGUCCCCGGAGCGAAGGAUGCCCCGAAGGCUGUGCCAGUAGCAAAGGAGGCCCCAAAGGCUGUGGCAGUAGCAAAGGAGGCCCCGAAGACUCCGCCAGUAGCGAAGGAGGCCCCAAAGGCUCCGCUGGUGCCGAAGGCUGAGACGGUAGCGAAGGCUGUUCCUGAGGAGGCUGCCGCGAAGGAGGCCGACGCCAAGGUUGCCCCCGUAGCGGAGGAGGCCCCAAAGGCUCCGCUGGUGCCGAAGGAGGCGGCUGCCAAGGUUGCCCCCGUAGCGAAGGAGGCCCCAAAGGCUCCGCUGGUGCCGAAGGAGGCGCCGAAGGCUCCGCUGGUGCCGAAGGAGGCGCCGAAGGCUCCGCUGGUGCCGAAGGAGGCGCCAAAGGCUCCGCUGGUGCCGAAGGAUGCUCCAAAGGCUCCGACAAUGGACAGUAGCCACAACGCAAAAACAAGUGCGGCUGUCGAGGAGAAGAAGGAUGAAAAAACACCGGGAGCGGUCACCGCAGUAGACGCCGAGCUCGCCCCACAGCGGAGUGUGUCCAGCGGCUUAGCAGGGUUUUUCUACAACAUUUUCGGAGCGCCAGCAGCGGAAACGAGCGCCGAAGCCGUUGAAAAGGCGGCAGAGGACACUGAAAAGAAGAUGGCUGACUCGGAAGACAAACAUGUGCCAUCACCCGCAGCGGCUCCGCUGGUGCCGAAGGAGGCGGCUUCCAAGCUUGUCCCCGUAGCGAAGGAGGCCCCAAAGGCUCCGGUGGUGCCGAAGGAUGCGCCAAAGGCUGCGCCCGAAGCGGCGGACGCGCCGAAGGCUGCGGAGACACCUGAUGCACCUAAGGCUGCUGAGACGACGGAUGCGCCGAAGGCAGAACCAGGAGCGAAUGCCGCUCCUAAGCUUGCCCCACUACCGAAGAAUGUCGUGAAGGCUCCGCUGGCGCCGAAGGCUGAGGCGGUAGCGAAGGCUGUUCCUGAGGAGGCUGCCGCGAAGGAGGCGGAUGCCAAGGUUGUCCCCGGAGCGAAGGAGGCCCCAAAGGCUGUGGCAGUAGCAAAGGAGGCCCCGAAGUCUCCGCCAGUAGCGAAGGAGGCCCCAAAGGCUCCGAUAGUGCCGAAGGAGGCGCCGAAGGCUCCGCUGGAGCCGACGGAGGCGCCAAAGGCUCCGCUGGUGCCGAAGGAGGCGGCUGCCAAGGUUGCCCCCGUAGCGAAGGAGGCCCCAAAGGCUCCGCUGGCGCCGAAGGAUGCGCCAAAGGCUGCGCCCGAAGCGGCGGACGCGCCGAAGGCUGCGGAGACACCUGAUGCACCUAAGGCUGCUGAGACGACGGAUGCGCCGAAGGCAGAACCAGGAGCGAAGGCCGCUCCUAAGCUUGCCCCACUACCGAAGAAUGUCGUGAAGGCUCCGCUGGUGCCGAAGGCUGAGGCGGUAGCGAAGGCUGUUCCUGAGGAGGCUGCCGCGAAGGAGGCGGAUGCCAAGGUUGUCCCCGGAGCGAAGGAGGCCCCAAAGGCUGUGGCAGUAGCAAAGGAGGCCCCGAAGACUCCGCCAGUAGCGAAGGAGGCCCCAAAGGCUCCGAUAGUGCCGAAGGAGGCGCCGAAGGCUCCGCUGGUGCCGAAGGAGGCGGCUGUCAAGGUUGCCCCCGUACCGAAGGACGCCCCAAAGGCUCCGCUGGUGCCGAAGGAGGCGCCAAAGGCUCCGCUGGUGCCGAAGGAUGCUCCGAAGGCUCCGACAAUGGACAGUAGCCACAACGCAAAAACAAGUGCGACUGUCGAGGAGAAGAAGGAUGAAAAAACACCGGGAGCGGUCACCGCAGUAGACGCCGAGCUCGCCCCACAGCGGAGUGUGUCCAGCGGCUUAGCAGGGUUUUUCUACAACAUUUUCGGAGCGCCAGCAGCGGAAACGAGCGCCGAAGCCGUUGAAAAGGCGGCAGAGGACACUGAAAAGAAGAUGGCUGACUCGGAAGACAAACAUGUGCCAUCACCCGCAGCGGCUCCGCUGGUGCCGAAGGAGGCGGCUUCCAAGCUUGUCCCCGUAGCGAAGGAGGCCCCAAAGGCUCCGGUGGUGCCGAAGGAUGCGCCAAAGGCUGCGCCCGAAGCGGCGGACGCGCCGAAGGCUGCGGAGACACCUGAUGCACCUAAGGCUGCUGAGACGACGGAUGCGCCGAAGGCAGAACCAGGAGCGAAGGCCGCUCCUAAGCUUGCCCCACUACCGAAGAAUGUCGUGAAGGCUCCGCUGGUGCCGAAGGAUGCGCCAAAGGCUGCGCCGGAAGCGACGGACGCGCCGAAGGCAGAACCAGUAGCGAAGGUCGCUCCUAAGCUUGGUCCAGUGCCGAAGGAUGCUCCAAAGGCUCCGCUGGUGCCGAAGGCUGAGGCAGUAGCGAAGGCUUCGCAGGUGCCCGUGGGCGUGCCAGAGAAGACGGCGGCCUCCGCGGAAGUGCCUGGGGCGGCUGAUGCUUCCAAGGGGACACCGAUAGUGAAGGAUGUCCUCGGUGGGGAAUGGAAAUCGGAGAGCAGCGCAAAUGCUGCGCCGAACGCAACUGCUGCAGAGGAGGCGGGAUCGGCAAAGGAGAUGCCGAAGGCACUGGUGGCUAAGAAGUCGCUUGAAAACAUGUCGCCUGCCAAAGCUGGAUCCGACACGAAAGUAGUCGGUGACACGGCUCAAGAGCGGCUACAUAAGGACUCACCGAAUGCGGGGCUGACGAAGUUGCCUUCGAAAGAGGUAGUGAAGAAGUUGCCUUCGAAAGAGGUAGUGAAGAAGUUGCCUUCGAAAGAGGUAGUGAAGAAGUUGCCUCCGAAAGAGGUAGUGAAGAAGUUGCCUCCGAAAGAGGUAGUGAAGAAGUUGCCGUCGAAGGAAGGAGUGAACAAGUUGCCUUCGAAAGAGAGUGUGAAGAAGCUGGCAUCGAAGGAGGGGCUGAAGAAGUUGCCUUCGAAAGAGAGUGUGAAGAAGCUGGCAUCGAAGGAGGGGCUGAAGAAGUUGCCUUCGAAAGAGAGUGUGAAGAAGCUGGCAUCGAAGGAGGGGCUGAAGAAGUUGCCUUCGAAAGAGAGUGUGAAGAAGCUGACAUCGAAAGAGGGACUCAAGGCGCAGGCAUCGAAAGAGGGACUGAAGAGGCAAGAGUCGAAAGAGGGCCUAAAAAAGCAGGCUUCGAAGGACGAGUUGAGGAAAGAAUCUUCGAAAGAGGGCGUGGCUGUGCUGCAAUCGUCGAAGUCUCUGAAGACCAUGUCCUCGAAGUGA